AGUAGCAGCACCAGAACAAGAGAGCGGAUUGCGACAACAAAUCUAUUCAUCUUUUGGCGAGUCUAAGACAAUUUCAAAGAAACAUCAGCAUCAGCCUUUAUAAAUCUUAUUUACUCACACGAAUAUCUCGAUGGCGCUCCCAAGCUCUAAGCCAAAGCUGCCUGUCGCAGUCGAGAAGCCCACGCCCUACACCUUCGAUCUCGGCCAUCUUCUCGCAGAGGACCCCAACCCCGUCACUCUCGACCGCGAUAACCUCGAGCAGUCCCUCGCUGAACUCGCUCGCGACGGCGCUCAGUCUAUCAUCAACCAGUUCCUCUCCACCUGCCCUCUCAACUCCACCGCCGAGGGCGUCCUUCUCACUCUUCCCGCCCCGAGCACCCGCCUCCCCCGCGAGAAGCCCGUUCCUCAGGCCAAGCCUCCUACUAAAUGGGAGCGCUUCGCCGCCAAGAAGGGUAUUAAGCCCAAGACUCGCGAGCAGCGUCGCAAUCUUGCCUUCGACGAGCAGACAGGCGAAUGGCAGCGCAAGUGGGGAUACAAGGCUCUCAACAAGAAGGGCGAGGACUGGCCCAUCGUGGAGGUUGAUAUGGAAGCCGAGCAGAAGCGAAAGGAGGGUACCUCGAUUCGAGGCGAUGGCCGAAGAGAGCGCAAGGAGAGGAUUAAGCGCAACGAGCGAAAGAUGCGCAAGAACCAAGCUCAAGGUACAGGAAAAUAGGUUGCGACAGCUGUGGAAGGGAAUGGGAUUGGCCGGCAGUUUCGUGUCGGCCUUGGUCAAGACUAUUGCUGUUGAGCAUGGAGCGGCGUUCAGGACUUUGGCGUUUCGAAUCGGCAUGUAAAAGCUAGGGAUCUGGGAUGGUUUAGACGUUCGGCUUUGGAAGAAUGAAAAACGAAUCCGCUGCAGCUCUCAAUCUCCUUGUUGUCUGAUACUCACCAGACCGUGUCUAAUUGGAGCCCGUAUCCCCCAACUGCGUGUCACAGCGGGAAUACAACCAAGCCUGGGGUCUUCCUAAACGUGGUGGUUGACAUUGAUGAAGAAUAUGCAAUUCAUAAAUAAGCGAUA